UCAAGCUAGGGAACAUUUCUGGGUACAGCUGCAUUUUAAACACGCUCGUUGUGUUUUAGCGAGCUUGUUCGCCUGCAUUAUCUAUACAGACAAGUUAAAACACGACGAACUAGUUCCGAAUGGCUUCUCGGGAGCGUGAAAAUGCGGCGGAAGGAGAUCCGACCACGUCGCUUCAACCGCUGCGAUUCGCCCCUGAAGACUCCGGGCGGGCGCAGAAAUCGAAAAGCCUCCCUGUGCUCAACGAAAGCCCGGAUCUGGAGACGGAUGGGGUUAAGACGACACAAGAAGAAGGUCAAACACUCGUCUCGGAGACCGAAAACGUGCUGUCCUGUUCUAACCCGGAGGCGGCGGAUGAGUCCGCGGGGAGCCGCAGGGUCCGGUUCGUUCUCCCCGCGCGCCUGGCCCGCGUGCCCGUGAGGCGCUACGUGCGCGCGCUGUUCUCGGACUCGCGCUGCUUCUUGUUCUACAUGAGUUACCUCACCUUCAUCCAGUCGCUCAUGGUGUCCGGCUACCUCAGCAGCGUUAUUACUACUAUAGAAAAGCGCUACAGUCUGCGCAGUUCAGAGUCUGGUCUGCUGGUCAGCUGUUUCGACAUUGGCAGCCUUCUCAUCGUCGUAUUCAUCAGCUACUUCGGCGGGCGAGGCCGGAGACCGCGCUGGCUUGCCAUAGGGGGUGUGAUCAUUGCCAUUGGUGCUGCACUCUUCUCCCUCCCUCACUUCAUCUCUCCGCCAUAUCAGCUGGAGCAGCUGAACAACACAGGCCGAGCCGAGGGGCUGUGCACCGUAACUAACAGCAGCAGGAGAGACGGACCAGAGGCGUGUCCUCGGGACCAAGAAGACAGUGAGCAUGCUCUGUAUGUGGCACUGUUCAUCUGCGCGCAGAUUCUGAUAGGCAUGGGGUCCACGCCCAUCUACACGCUUGGACCCACCUACCUCGAUGAUAAUGUGAAAAAGGAGAACGCCUCUCUGUACUUGGCUAUCAUGUAUGUAAUGGGAGCUCUCGGUCCUGCUGCUGGCUACUUGCUGGGUGGAGUGCUGAUUGGUUUCUACGUGGACCCCAACACUAAUGUGAAUAUCGACCAGAACGACCCACGUUAUGUAGGAAACUGGUGGAGUGGGUUUCUGUUCUGUGCUGUGGCCAUGCUCCUUGUGAUCUUCCCAAUGUUUGCCUUCCCAAAGAAACUGCCCCUCCGUCACAAGAAGAGCAACAGGAAGAAGAAGAGCGUAGAAGACAUACCGAGCGAUGACGAAGUGAUGAAGGAAAAGAGCCAAGCCGUGUCCUCCUCCAUGGGCUUUGGCAAAGACAUCAGGGACUUGCCAAAGGCAGCCCUGCGAAUCCUGAGCAACGUGACGUUCUUAUUUGUGAGUUUAUCGUACACGGCAGAGUGUGCCAUCGUCACAGCCUUCAUCACUUUCAUCCCUAAAUUCAUCGAGUCCCAGUUCGGGGUUCCAGCAUCUAGUGCCAGCAUUUAUACAGGCUUGGUUAUUGUUCCAAGUGCCGGUGUGGGCAUCGUGCUGGGAGGCUACAUCAUCAAAAAGCUAAAGCUGGGAGCAAGAGAAUCAGCCAAACUGGCCAUGAUCUGUAGUGGUGUGUCUCUACUCUGUUUCUCCACGCUUUUCAUCGUCGGCUGUGAGAGCAUUAACCUCGGGGGGAUCAACAUACCGUACACCACUGGGCCCACGUUGACUCUGUCCCAUCGGAACCUAACAGGCGGGUGCAACGUUAACUGUGGUUGCCGAAUUCACGAGUAUGCUCCCGUGUGUGGUUCAGAUGGAAUCACGUAUUUUAACCCCUGCCUGGCUGGCUGCAGCGGUGUCACCAACGACAGCUCGGGGAUCCGGAACUAUUCGGACUGCGCAUGUGUACAGAGCAGACAGGUGAUCACUCCGUCUGGAGGGAAUCACGAGCUGCAGGUGGUCAUCGUGAAGACGUACCUGAACGAGAACGGCUACGCACUGGCUGGCAAGUGUGAGCGCACCUGCGGAACCCUGAUAACCUUCCUCAUCUUUCUGUUCAUCGUCACCCUGAUAACCGCCUGCGCCCAGCCUUCUGCCAUCAUCGUCACCCUUAGAUCUGUGGAGGAGCAGGAGAGACCUUUUGCUUUGGGAAUGCAGUUUGUUCUUCUCAGGACUCUCGCCUACAUCCCUACUCCAAUCUAUUUUGGGGCUGUGAUCGACACCACCUGUAUGCUCUGGCAGCAGGACUGUGGAGUUCACGGUUCCUGUUGGGAGUACGACGUCACGGCCCUUCGCUUCGUCUACUUCGGCUUGGCGGCCAGCCUCAAGUUCCUGGGCUUUUUCUUCAUCUUCCUCACGUGGUAUUCGCUGAAGCGGCGCGAGGAGCAAACGCACGCGCACCCCGUAUCCCCUCUGGACACCGUCAGCCAGCUGAUGUGUCAUUCUGGGUGGCAAAAGGGCCAUGCCCGUACGCGCUCUUGCCCCGUCUUCCUGCCCCGGCCGCCUGACCACUGCCUGGCUGCCGCCAUGGCAACCGGACACACCUUGAGCCGUGGUAACAGUUGUCCUAGCAAUGGCCUGAAAGCAAUAACUCUGCCCAUUAAGUCUCUUGAAAAAGUGGUGAUAUGAGAUAUCAUGGCAAAAAAAGAACAUGUACACACACACACACACACACACACACCUACACACCUACACACCUACACUUGCAUAGACACGACAUACUAGAUCAAGUGAAGUCCACAUCUCCAUCAUGUCCUCAGAGCCAAUGCUGGUGCCUUUUUUCACAACCAUACACUGCAAUCCUGGACUCGAUACCUCAACGGGAUCAGUACCUCUCCUUCUUUACACACUUAUACAUUCUCUUUCACAUUUCCUGUAUCAGCACUUACACACACACACACACACACACACACUUUUCUUUCCUGCAUGGACAUGACCUCUGAUCAUUGUACUGCUAGGCGGACACUGUAGAACUCUGAAAGUCUUUUUCUUGACCCUGAUCUGAUUAGAAUGAAAAAUAAAAUGAGCUGGAGAUACACUUCAUGAACAAAAGUAUGUGGACACAUGGCUGAGCUUGCUGGGUAUCACAUUCUAAAACUAUGGGCAAUAAUAUGGAGUGUCCCUCCACCUUUUAUUUAAAGACUUGUUAUUUUAGGAUUUUCAAUUGUGUGUGUAGGAAUUUGUGCCCAUUCUGUUACAAAAGCAAUUGAAAACGUAGCCGGGGUUGUGGAUGAGCAGCUCUGGUUGCCGGUUGACGUUCCAGUUCAUCCCAUCGGUGAGGUUUUUUAGAUAGUGGUGUGGCUGAAACACCUGAGCUCAAUUAUUAUUAUUAUCAAUUAUCUGUCUUUUUAUACAUGUUUUCCUUUACACAAGUGUGUCACCCCUUUUAGCAUUACUUUUUCCUGUAGUAUGAUGAACCUACCGUGGUGCUGCACGCACUUGUGCACUUGUACUUAAUGCCCCCGUUUGGCCACUUGGCUGAACACUCAACCGGUCGCCCAUUUAAUGAUUUGUUUCACUGAUAUCGGGUAUUGUGGGCUGCAUUAUGCACACUUUUUUUUCUCUCCCAAACUAAGCAUAUAAAUUAAACCCAGCAGGACGCAGCUGCAAGUCUGAGCAUUUGCAUAUGAAAAUGUGAAAAUGGAAAUAAUAUGUAAGUUUCCUCGCCCUGAACUGAGGGACUACGCAUCUACCACUCUGAAUUAAAAUAACUACUGGAAGAGGAUGUGUAUUGUGCAAAGUUAUUAAAUACCCUUAAACAUAUUAGAGGCUGUAAUUCCCGGGGGUUUUGAUGUCCAAAUAAAAAUAUUUUUACAACAUUGAAA